CCUCUUCCCGACUACAAGAAGUACAGAGCGGCUGGAGGUCGGUUGCUUGGCAUUAUUAGCAAGCGGGAAGUAUGGCGGUGGCGCGCGUCGACGCGGCUUUGCCUCCUGGAGAAGGAUCAGUGGUAAAUUGGUCAGGCCAGGGACUACAGAAAUUAAGUCCAAACUUACCCUGUGAAGUUGAUAUUCAUACUUUGAUUCUGGAUAAAAAUCAAAUUAUUAAACUGGAAAAUCUUGAGAAAUACAGAAGAUUAAUACAGUUGUCAGUGGCUAAUAAUCGGCUGGUGCGGAUGAUGGGUGUGGCUAAACUGACCCAACUCCGGGUGUUAAAUUUGCCUCAUAAUAGUAUUGGCUAUGUGGAAGGACUGAAAGAACUGGUACAUUUGGAAUGGCUGAACUUGGCAGGAAAUAAUCUCAAGGCAAUGGAACAAAUUAAUUGCUGCACAGCGUUACAGCACCUUGAUUUAUCAGACAAUAAUAUACCCCAGAUAGGUGAUCUAUCUAAAUUAGUAUCACUUAAGACUCUGCUUUUACAUGGAAACAUCAUCACUUCUCUUAGAUUGGCACCUGCUUAUCUACCCAGAGGUCUUGGUAUACUUUCUUUGGCAGAAAAUGAAGUCCGGGACUUAAAUGAGAUCUCUUUUUUGGCAUCCUUAACAGAAUUGGAACAGUUGUCGAUCAUGAACAAUCCUUGUGUGAUGGCGACACCUUCCAUUCCAGGGUUUGACUACCGACCAUACAUAGUCAGCUGGUGCCUAACCCUCAGAGUCCUGGAUGGAUAUGUGAUAUCCCAGAAGGAAAGUUUGAAAGCUGAGUGGCUCUACAGCCAAGGCAAAGGAAGAGCAUAUCGGCCUGGCCAGCACAUUCAGCUUGUCCAGUAUUUGGCUACAGUCUGUCCGCUCUCUUCUACGCUGGGUCUUCAAACUGCAGAGGAUGCCAAGUUAGAGAAGAUUCUGAGCAAGCAGAGGUUUCACCAGAGGCAGUUAAUGAACCAAAGCCAAAAUGAAGAGUUGUCUUCUCUUGCUCCUACUGAAACAAAGGCACCCCUUGCACCUGAGAAUUCAAGCCCUGUUCAGGAUUGCCAGAUAGUCCAGGAAAAUGAACCUGUCAUCCAAGUCAAUUCUUGGGUGGGGGUCAGCAGUAAUGACGAUCAGUAUGCUGCGAAGAAUAACUUCCCAGCUGCCUCUGUGCACACUGCAAGAUACUCUCGAAAUGACUUGCACCUGGAAGACAUACAGACAGACGAGGACAAGCUGAACUGCAGUCUGCUCUCUUCAGAGUCUACUUUUAUGCCAGUUGCUUCAGGACUUUCUCCAGUUUCACCCACAGUUGAGCUGAGGUUACAAGGCAUUAACUUGGGCCCAGAAGAGGAUGGCGUGUCACAGGAGGCCGUGAAAGGACUAGAAAACCAUGAGUUGGACAAGGAAGAGGAAAUGGCCCUUUGGGCUGCAAAUGGAAAUUCUGUUCCAGUGGUGAAAAGAAUGAUCAGUACAGACGUAAGUGGAAAAGGGGAGCCGUUCCCUUAUCCUGAGUCAACAGCUACCAGUGCUUGCUUGAAGGGAGGUGUGCACAGUCUUACCCCUUUUCCUGAGUCAUUUGGACACAGUAUCCUCCGAACACUACCAGACUGGGAAGAAACCCUGUCUCAGACGUCUUCAGAGAAGCUUCCCUGCCGGGGCUCAGCCCAGAGACCUGUGGUGUCGGGAGAAGAUAAAGCUGCCCUUCAGAAAUUGAACGAGGCGGCCACCAAGCUUCAGGCCUGUUGGCGAGGCUUCCGUGCCAGGAACUUGAAUCCGAGGGCCAAGGACGUGCGCUAUGAGAUCCGGCUGCGCAGAAUGCAGGAGCACAUUGUCUGCCUGACGGAUGAAAUUAGGAGGUUAAGAAAAGAAAGAGAUGAAGAACGUAUUAAGAAAUUUGUGCAAGAAGAAGCUGUCAGAUUCCUUUGGAACCAGGUAAGAUCUCUUCAAGCUUGGCAGCAGACUGUGGACCAGCGUCUGAGUUCAUGGCAUACUGAUAAUUCUCCAACAUCAAGCACUCUGAUGCCAGCACAACUCCCAUUAAGCACCCAAAGUCAGGAGCUAGCUUCAGAAACGAAUUCUGAUUGGUUCCUUGCACCUCAUGAAGCACCACAAGAGAAGUCCUUACCAGAAUUUCCAGACUCUGGUUUUCAUUCCUCUAUAACAGACCACGCUUACUGUUUGCAGGAUUCUUUGGAUUUUGAAAAAAGUUCCACAGAAGGCAGCGAGAAUUCCAUAAUGGCGAAUUCUCUUGACACGGUCAAAUAUGGCAAAGAAUCUGACUUAGGGGACGUUAGUGAAGAGCAUGGUGAGUGGAGCAAGGAAAGCUCAAACAAUGAGCAGGAUAAUAGUCUGCUUGAACAGUAUUUAACUUCAGUUCAAGAGCUUGAAGAUGCUGAUGAAAGGACAGAUUUUGACGAGGGAGCAGGAGAUGGUAGCAAGCUCCCCAUAGCUCGCUCCCCUGAAAAAUUAGAAGCUUUGUCUGACGAUGCUUCUACUGAUGGUUCUCCUGGCUUGUCGCCUUGUGCGGAGGAUGAAAUCAGUCAGACACCAGAGAAUUGUAAAUUAAAUACAGAAGGUCAAGAGCAGCAAUCAGAAUGUGAUUCUUCAUUCCAGGUAUUACCUGUUGGUAUUACUGUGUAGCUUGUCUGUUAUAUGGAAAGCAGAAAUCCAGUAAAGAAUUUUUUUGAGUCAACCUUUUUUUUUUUUUUGAAGGAGAAUGUUCCCCCAAUUUUGUUACUAUUUAU